AUGCCUGAACCGGCAAAAUCCGCUCCUGCUCCUAAGAAGGGCUCUAAGAAAGCCGUCACUAAAGCCCAGAAGAAGGACGGCAAGAAGCGCAAGCGCAGCCGCAAGGAGAGCUACUCCAUCUACGUGUACAAGGUGCUGAAACAGGUCCACCCCGACACCGGCAUCUCGUCCAAGGCCAUGGGUAUCAUGAACUCCUUCGUCAACGACAUCUUCGAGCGCAUUGCGGGGGAGGCGUCCCGCCUGGCUCACUACAACAAGCGCUCCACCAUCACGUCCCGCGAGAUCCAGACGGCCGUGCGCCUGCUGCUGCCCGGCGAGCUGGCCAAGCACGCCGUGUCCGAGGGCACCAAGGCGGUCACCAAGUACACCAGCUCCAAGUGAGUCCCUGCCGGGACCUGGCGCUCGCUCGCUCGCUCGAGUCGCCGGCUGCUUGAGUCCAAAGGCUCUUUUCAGAGCCACCCACCUAAUCACUAGAAAAGAGCUUGUUCACUUACUCCCUUAGUUUUUUCUCACAAAGUAAGUUGUUUUAGCAUAAGUCAUGGGAAAUAGCACACGUAGCUUAAUCAUUUGGAACUCGAGGUCCCCAGUGCAUGAUUGGAUUUGCUUUUGAAUCUAGAGCGUGUCGUUAUUCAUUGUGCUGCUUAGCUUUCCCAGGAGUCCGUUCUCAUUUAGGGUGUUGGGAAUCCGACUCUGCCCGCCCCCACCCCCGCCUUACACUGGCGCCCUGGUGGCUUCGUUGGGUCUGUUUCAUCAUUUCAAAACCAAGUGGCUGAGUCCGGCUGUUACUUAAGAGAACUCUGGGACACAAUUCAGUCCGGGUGCCGCAAACUGCGUGACAGCGCUGUAUGACUGACGCUUCGCAGCAGCUUUUGUGUCCGGUCACCAGUUUUGCCCUGGGAUGGGGCCUCCUGUGGAUGCCAGCCGUUCUGUGUACUUUGGACGAAGCCCGCGCAGCCGGGUCCCAGCCUUUUCCUGAUUGGGCGACAUGACUAUUCGAAAUUCUGCGCCGCUUUCUAAUUUGUAGAUUUCAGUUUCCGUGGUUCACUUUGAGAUUCCUAUUUCUCGGUUUGUGGAUAAUUUUUGCUUUUAAUGGUGUCUGCUUUAAAAUGGUAACGCUACGGCCCCGGGUCACUGCAAGACACCAUGUAGAUAUGAGCUCAAAAGUCACCUCUCAGAGACCUUCUACGCCAUCCACUCAGGAAUUCGCGCCUCUCAUAGUUCCCGGUCUCGUUUUAUCUUCCUCGUAGCAGCUGUCUGAAAUUGGCUCGUCUGUUUUCUUCAUGGCAUUCUCAAGCCCUUGACAGACCGGAUGGUCUGGUUUUCCCGUGCCUCUUCAGCCAGUCAGUCUGGCACAUUAUGGACACUUACUUCAAUACUACGGAUUGAAGUAAUAUUGUUGGGUUAAUUUUUCCAUCCCACUUGUUUUUUAAUCGCUUCUGUGGAUGGAUGAUGGGUGCUGUUCAUUUCCAUUAGAUGUACGUGAAGGCGCGGUGAAAAUGGAAAUGUUUUUGAAGUUAUUCCCUCAAAUGUAUCCUUAGUCACUUCAGUGCAACAGCUGGGAGGGGGCCGUGUUAAGAUUCUUUUGCAUCAAAGAGGAGGUGGCAAUGGUAGUUCCACCUUUGUGCUUCCCGGUUUAGCCUAACCUCCUUUGGAUUUUCAUCAAAUUCAGCGUAUUGGUCAUGGGAAAGAGCCUUUUUCCUUCUUUUCUACUCCUGUCUUGGUGUUCCCUUCUUAAAGGAGAGGAGCUUUUAAUUUGCACUCACCACCUGGUUUGGUUUUCAGGCGGCCAUUCAAGAUGGGCAGGACUACAAAGUUAAUCUCUCUCUCUUUUUUUUUUUAAACAAAUGAGGCCAAGAGAAGCCUGAUUGGUCCAUGGUCAUGCAGUUCAUACUGCCCACCUUUGUAUUCUCAGAUGCAGGACAAUUGCAUUUUAGUUUUAUUUUGUGGAAGUGCAGAAUAUUUACUCUUUCUGUCAAACCCUUGAUUCUGCCGAGGAACACACUGAUGGUUUGAUGAGUGAUUCAACUCUACUUUUAGCUAAGGGCUUUGGGAGUUGAUUGCAGGGGUUUGAUGAAUCCAAAUGAGCUCUAGAUAUUAUCACAGACUGAAUAAAUCUUAAUUGUCUCCUACAUGUGUGUUUUCAAAUGUGUGUAGAUGUUAUUAUUAAUAAAGUUGCCAGUUAAUUUAAA